AUGUUCCUCCCCUUGCACUCUCUGGCCGUGGGCGCCGCCAUUGCUGUCUCGAGUCUUCCUCUCGUGCAUGGCUUGAGUGCCCGCGACAUUCCCGCCGAUGUUCCCGUAUCGCAACUCAUCUCGUCGGCCACGGCUGCACUCGCUCAGGGCAACGGCCAGGAUGCCUUGACCUACUUCGACGUCGCCAUCACUCGUGAUCCCAAGAACUAUCUCACCAUCUUCCGCCGGGGCGCUGCCUAUCUCCAACUCGGAAAGCACUCCCAGGCCAGCCACGACUUCGACCGCGUCCUCUCUAUCAAGCCCACUUUCGAAGGUGCUCUGGUCCAACGAGCAAAGAUCAAGAGCAGGAACGCCGACUGGAUAGGUGCAAAACUCGACUACGAGACUGCUGGGAAGAAGGACGGAGACGAGAUUCGCGAAUUGCUCGAGGCCCAGAAUGCUGCCUCGCUCGCCCAGAAAGCAGAGAACGAGGGCCACUGGGCUGACUGUACUGCACACGCAGACAUUGCUGUUCUGGUUGCUGGAGCCUCCAUGGACCUGAGACACACUCGAGCAAAAUGUCGUUUUGAGAAGGGCGACGUCGUCGAGGCUCUCAGUGACUUGAUGCACGUGGCUCAGGUUUCUUCCGGCUCGAGCGAACACCUUCAGAUCUCUGCCACGUCCUUUUACGCUCUCAACGAACCCGUCAACGGUAUGGGUCAGGUCAAGAAGUGCCUUCACUCGGAUCCCGACUCCAAACCCUGCCGAAAACUCCUGAAAGCUGAGAAAGCUGUCGACAAGCAGAUGAAGAAGCUGAAAGAGGCCAUGGAAAAGAGCAGAUUCGUCAAUGCUGUCAACAUGUUGGUUCCAACCAAGGACGACGAUGGGCUGUUGAAGACCGUCAAGGACGCCACUCAGCAAUACCGUGACGAGGGUCUGAUUCACAAAAACGCCCCCGAUCGCUUGUAUAACGACUUGGUCGAGUUGACAUGUGAGGCUUACACCGAGAUGAACAAUCUAAAGAAAGCUCAACCGUACUGCGAAGAGGCCCUGACCCACAACCCAAACUGUCUCCCAGCCUUGAUCGGCAAAGCAACGCGACAAAUAGACGCCGACGAGUUCGAGCCUGCCAUCCAGACACUCAACCAAGCCAAGGAGCAUCAUCAAAACUCACAAAAAGUCCAAGAGCUACUGCAAAAAGCCCACACACUGCUCAAGAGAUCGAAGCAAAAAGACUACUACAAGGUUCUCGGUGUCGACCGCCACUCAGAUGAACGAGAAAUCAAAAAGGCCUAUCGCAAGCUCACUGUCCAACACCACCCUGACAAGGCUGCUCAGAAGGGCACCAGUCCUGAAGAAGCGCAGAAGAAGAUGGCCGAGAUCAACGAGGCCUACGAAGUUCUUUCCGACCCUGAGCUCAAGGCCAGGUUCGACCGUGGAGAUGACCCUAAUGACCAGUCUCAACAACAAGGCAACCCAUUCCAAGGACAACCAUUCGGAUUCCCAGGCGGCGGUGGCCAUCAACAAUUCUUCCACCAACGAGGCGGUGGUGGCGGAGGCUUCCAGUUCAAGCAGCAAGGCUUCGGUGGCUUCCCAUUCUAG